AUCCCCCCCUCCUCCACUGUUUCGGACUUCGCAAUCUCAGUCCAACACCCACAUAUUCAUUUCAGGAAGAUGCCAGUUGGACCGGCACAGAGCCAGAGACACUUGAUUACCGAAGCAAGAAGAGUAGCAACGCCACAGACAAACUGAAAUGUUUUGAUAUCGUAACUCUUUGGGAAUGCCUCUUUAAAACUUGGUUGUGUCGACGCAUUGCAUUCUAUGUAACUCGUACUACCCCGUCUGGACUGUAUGAUGGACUGGACGGUUAGCAGUCGGGCCCUAUUGUGGUGCAUUUUCACGUUACUGUGUAGUAUUGACCCACUUCAAAUGAGUUUCUGCCGCGCCAGCACCGUCUCCCUCCCCGAAAGCCUGCUCUUUGUGUCCACCCUGGAUGGAAACCUACACGCCGUCAGCAAGAAAUCAGGCUCUAUCAAAUGGACGCUGAAAGAGGAUCCUGUUCUGCAGGUUCCAACGCAUGUGGCGGAGCCAGCUUUUCUGCCUGACCCUAACGAUGGCAGCCUGUACUCUCUAGGAGGGAAGAACAACGAGGGACUGACUAAACUGCCUUUCACCAUACCUGAGCUGGUCCAGGCGUCGCCCUGCCGCAGCUCUGACGGGAUCAUCUACAUGGGUAAGAAGCAGGACCUGUGGUACGUGGUGGACCUGUUGACAGGGGAGAAGCAGCAGACCCUCACUUCCUCCUUUGCUGAGAUGCUGUGUCCCUCCUCCUCCCUGCUCUACCUGGGACGCACCGAGUACACUAUCACCAUGUACGACACCAAGAGUAGAGAGCUCCGCUGGAAUGCCACCUACUUCGACUACGCCUCCACGCUGCCUGACGACGACACCAGAUACAAGAUGGCCCACUUUGUCUCCAAUGGUGACGGGCUGGUGGUGACAGUGGACAGUGAGUCGGGUGACGUCCAGUGGAUCCAGAAUUACAACUCCCCCGUGGUGGCCAUGUACAUAUGGCAGCGCGAGGGCCUGCGCAAGGUGCCGCUCACCAACGUCGCUGUGGAAACGCUGCGCUACCUCACCUUCAUGUCAGGCGAGGUGGGCCGCAUCACACAGUGGAAGUAUCCCUUCCCCAAGGAGAAGAAGCCCAAGAACAAGCUCAUGGCCACACUCUACGUAGGCAAGUACUCCACCAGCCUGUACGCAUCGCCCUCCCUGGUGCAUGAUGGGGUCACGGUCGUGCCCCGCGGCAGCACCUUCCCCAUGCUGGAGGGUCCUAACAGCCAGGAGGUAACAAUGGAGGAGGAGUGUGUGAUCACCCCCAGGACCAGCGUCAAAUUCAACUCUGCCCUGAGGGAACGCAACCGCAUCAACUUCAUGAGGAACCACCUGCUCCUCAUAGGUCAUCAUGAGACGCCUCCUGAUGCCCAUAACAAGAUCCUGGAGAAGUUCCCUGACAGUAUCCCACGCCAGCAGGGCAAUAUCAUCCCCCCCACCACAGAGAAGACCCUAGAGGAGAAGGUGAAUGAGAGUGACAUGGGAGAAGGCCCCACUGUGGGCCCCAGCCCCCCGGCGGUCACCUCCAUCCAGGAGCAGCCGGGGCGAACCUCACAGGCGAGGGUGGAGGCCCCUGUGGACUCUAUGCUUAAAGACAUGGCCACCAUAAUUUUCAGCACCUUCCUCCUGGCUGGCUGGGUAGCCUUCAUCAUCAUCUACCCCAAGAGUGUUCACAAACAGCAGCAGCUGCAGCAUGAACAGUUCCAGAGGCAGUUGGAUGAGCGGCUGGAUCUCCUGAGGAGACAGCCGUUCUCUCCCCCAGGGACCGACCUGCCCCUGCUGGCCCCAGAUGCUGACUCAGACCACAGCAGUCCCAACGGCACCCCCAACAUCACCCCCCGUGCAUCCAACCAUUCCAACCUGUCUGUGCCCGAGCUGGGCAGCUCCGCCAACGAGCACGAGGACGGAGAUGAGGACUCCAACAUGGUCAGAGUUGGGAAGAUAAUGUUCCGUCCCAGAACCGUUUUGGGACACGGUGCAGAGGGAACCAUCGUGUAUAAGGGUCAGUUUGACAACCGUGCCGUGGCAGUCAAGAGGAUCCUCCCAGAAUGCUUCAGCUUUGCUGACCGUGAGGUGGACCUGCUGCGCGAGUCGGACGAGCACCCCAACGUCAUCCGUUACUUCUGCACAGAGAAGGACCGCCAGUUCCAGUACAUCGCCAUAGAGCUGUGUGCCGCCUCACUGCAAGAGUAUGUGGAGAGACAGGAUUUUGAUCGGCAUGGACUGGAGCCCGUGAUGCUGCUGCAGCAGACCAUGUCAGGACUGGCACACCUGCACUCCCUCAAUAUAGUGCACAGAGACCUGAAGCCCCACAACAUUCUGGUGUCCAUGCCCAACGCCCACGGUCGGGCGCGGGCCAUGAUCUCCGACUUUGGCCUGUGUAAGAAGCUGGCGGUGGGCCGACACAGCUUCAGCAGGAGGUCCGGGGUGCCCGGCACUGAGGGGUGGAUCGCCCCAGAGGUCCUCAGUGAGGACUGCAAGGACAACCCUACGUGCACAGUGGACAUCUUCUCUGCAGGCUGUGUGUUCUACUAUGUGGUGUCCUGGGGAUGUCAUCCCUUUGGCAAGUCCCUGCAGAGGCAAGCUAACAUACUGCUGGGAGCCUACAGCCUGGACCAGCUACAGCCCCACAAACAUGAGGACAUUGUGGCCACAGACCUGAUAGAACAGAUGCUGAACAUGGAGCCCCAGAGGAGGCCUUCUGCUGAGAGUGUGCUCAAACACCCCUUCUUCUGGAGCCUGGAGAAACAGCUGCAGUUCUUCCAGGACUUGAGUGACAGGAUAGAGAAGGAGCCGCUGGACGGACCAAUCGUAAGGCAGUUGGAGCGAGGGGGGCGGGCCGUGGUGAAGCUGGACUGGAGGGAACACAUCACAGUGCCUCUACAGACCGACCUACGCAAAUUCCGGUCGUAUAAAGGAGGGUCUGUCAGAGAUCUUCUCCGUGCCAUGAGAAACAAGAAGCACCAUUACAGGGAGUUACCAGCAGAGGUCCAGGAGACUCUGGGCUCCAUCCCUGAUGACUUUGUCUCCUACUUCACUUCCCGCUUCCCCCACCUGCUGCGCCACACCUACCUGGCCAUGCGCACCUGUGCCCACGAGAGGUCAUUCCUUCCCUACUACUCCAGCUCAGAGCAGCUCUCCUGGAUACGGACUCCCUACACACACCCCGAGACCACCCCCCUGCUGCAGACACACACGUUGCAGCCAGAGGAACCCACACCGUCAAACACAGUACCCUCACAGCCUGUGAUGGGGUCGAGCACAAUUCCAUCCACAGCACCCAUACAGUCAGUGACCGUAUCAGACUCCACACCCAUACAGUCACUGUCAAUCACAACAACCCCCCCACAGUCAGUGACCGUAUCAGACUCCACACCCAUACAGUCACUGUCAAUCACAACAACCCCCACAGUCAGUGGUAUCAGGCUCUACACCCAUACAGUCACUGUCAAUCACAACAACCCCCACAGUCAGUGACCACAGACUCUACACCCAUACAGUCACUGUCAAUCACAACAACCCCCACAGUCAGUGACCGUAUCAGACUCCACACCCAUACAGUCACUGUCAAUCACAACAACCCCCCCACAGUCAGUGACCGUAUCAGACUCUACACCCAUACAGUCACUGUCAAUCACAACAACCCCCCCACAGUCAGUGACCGUAUCAGACUCCACACCCAUACAGUCACUGUCAAUCACAACAACCCCCCCACAGUCAGUGACCGUAUCAGACUCCACACCCAUACAGUCACUGUCAAUCACAACAACCCCCCCACAGUCAGUGCCAACCACAUUACCAACAGAGCCAGUAUCAUCCACAUCAUUACCAGUCCAACCAGUACUGCCUACAUCACCCUCAUCAACACUGCCAGACCUGCCUCCACAGACAGUGUUGCCCUCAGAACCCCCCACACAGUCAGAAACCCCCCUUACAGAUCCCGUCCCACCUGAGCCACACAUACUGCCAGUGCCGCAUCCAGCCACACUGGACACUGAGCCUGCCUGAGAGCCGAUGAGGGGUGGUAGAUGAGUGCUGCACAGAGGAGCAUUGCCUUACGAGUGGACACAUACUGGUGCUCUGUUGCUCUGUCCUGUGCUGGUGAGGACCAGGCCUGCAGUGCCUGGGAGCUGCCGACAGGGGGAGCAGCAGCCCAAACCAAGUGCCUUUCCUGCUCGACUGAGACAAAAUGGCUCCGAAUGGAAUCGUCCCAAUGUCCCUCGAAGCAUCAAGAAGCCAGGGCUGAAAUGAACUAGUGGGGGCCGUAAUGUGUAGUACAGAGAGAAUCUGUUUUAUUUGCAGUGGAGUCCCUCCUAAUGUCAAGUAUUGUGAGGUAUUCAAGGAUUGUUGGGCACAACAUACUUGGCAAAGCAAGGGAGGAAUUCUUCUGUUGAUGUUGUUGAAAGACAAGUCGACAAUGGUAGUUUUACUGUGGAAUCUUAUUUCUCUUAAUGAGCCUAUUCACUGUAAAGAGGUGUAUAUUAUUGUAUAGGUGAUGACUUGAUAAUGACUAUCGUUGACAUCAUGAGAUGUGGCCAUUGUGCCUUUUUAAAUAACACUGUGUUAUGUAUGUGAGCUCUGUGAGGGUAGAUGUGUCUGGAAUAGUUCUGCUUGCUGCUGCAGAUGCUGCUUUUCUCUCUUGAAUCAAUACUAUUUCAGUGCCUGUCAUCCUGUGCAGGCGAGGGCAGAUAGUCCAAAGGGUGUUUGAACUAAACACUGGUAAAAGCAAAAUGUGUUUAUCUUUUCUACUUAUCUCUGAUAGCUUUGUGCUGUACAUAAGGCACAAGGCAAUAUGCGAUCUGAUUGUGUUUUUAUUGCAGGAAAUCACCCAAAGUCUUGUUUGCUUGACCUCUGACACACGAGGCCUUUACUAAAACUGGUUCAGCUACAGGUCAUGACAGGAUGAUUACAGAAAACAUUCACUUCACAUUCUGGUUUUUGCUGUCUGAGGAAUGGUGUUUUCUCUCAUCCUAGCUUUGAUGAAUGAUGAUCCAAUGCAACAUGUUUUAUUCAAUCAUAUUGUCUGUAUAAUGAUUGGCAGUUAAAUAGGUCUUCAUUUAUUACAUGACUUAACUGUUAUAGUUUGUUAAUAUUAAUAUUUUAUUUUUUAAGUGGAAUACAUUUACUUCAGGUUUAUUUUGUACUGUUCAUUGUACAUCAAAAACCCCAAGAAUGUACAGUAUUUUGUCUAAUGGAAGCUGUUUAAAAUUAAGUGAAGAGGGUUUUGUGCAAAAGUGAACAGUAAAUCUUUUGCAGUCUCGCCUGACGAUGCCUUUUACUGUUAAGAUUUCAUUUCUAACAUGCCAUCCUGAAUGCAAGAAUAGUUUGUUUUAUGAUAUUCCAUUUUCAGUUUUGCAAUUGUCUCCUUUUGCCAACAUGUCUGCCAUUGUUGGAGUGAAAAUGCCAAAUUAAAUCAGCAUUAAUAUCUGU